GAGGUCGGUGUGUGGACGCCAUCUACAACUUGACGGUAUAAUCAAACGUGAAUUUUAAAGGUUUCUCUUCAAGUUAUGAGCAGAGUUAUACCUGUAAUACUGUCAUUUGCGCAGGCGGGUGCGCUUCGAUCCUACAUCUUAAAGAGAAGCUGUUUAUUUCUCCAAAACCCACGUAAUUACAUAUGAGUAAAUGUUAACGCUAGCCACAUUUUUAGUAACGAACAGUCAAUGACUUGACGAACCGUCCCCUUGUAGUUUAUCGGAAUCAGAUUAUUUCACCGCUCUGAGCUGCAGACUGGUGUUUUGGUGCUCUACCUGUGGACGGAGACCACCCCUAGGUUGCUUUGACCAGCUCCUUAUGUCUGAAGAUUCAAGCAGUGAUGAAGAAUGGUGUAUAUCCUCAAAAAGGCUGGCAAGUGUGCACACGGAGGCAAAAUGUUGGGAAUGUGGCAAAAAAUUCAGCAGCAUAACAAACCUGAUGUCACACUACAAAAGCCACGAUAUCAACGCCACCUGCCACAUCUGCAAGGUUAUGUUCCGACGCCUGACUUCACUUUCUACGCACCUAGAUAAUGCUCACUCGCCGCCCCUCUGCAAAAAGUGCCAUCAGUCUUUCAGUAAUGUGUGGGAAUUGAACAAGCAUGCUGAGAUACGUUGCACUGGCUCAGCGCAAUUUAAGGAAGCGCCCUCUUUGGUUUCUGCAGUCAGACACCACAGUCAGAACACUGACAUCUUUUCUAAUGAGGUGGCUGUACAGCAAAACACAAACUCAGUACCACAUGACUCAGUGUCAGAGUUGAGACCUCAACAAAGAAUUGAGAUGAAGCCUGAGAGACCUGAGACAUCUGAAAACAGCGUGGAGUAUAUUGUGGGUGAGGAUGAUAAUGACAUUGACAUGGAAAGUGACUGUGAGAAGGUAGAUGAUUCAACAAGCUCCGAAUCUGAUGAUGACGAUAAGACACUCUCUAAACCUACAAACUUGUGUCUAGAUGAUCCAGAAUCAGAUGCUGGCUCAAACUCAAGUUCAACUGAUCAUUCCAGUGACUCUUCUGAUAGUCUGCACUCUAAAAAACACCCUGCAACCCUUCCUAGUGUUAAUAGUUCCAUAUGUUCUGCGUGUGGUAGAGGGCCCUUUAGGUCAAUGAAGCUCCAUUUGCUGCACUGUAGUGGUGUAAGGGUAAAAUAUCAGUGUUCAAUGUGCAAAAAGCUUUUUCUAACUGAGACUGCUCUUAAUGAACACUACAUGCCUUUGUAUUCCUGUGACAUCUGUGGCCAGGUUUUCUCUCAAGAGAGUUCGUACCAUAACCACCAGUGUCCCAAGGAGAGCAAAUCACCUUUGGUCUUCUUUUGUUCUGAAACAAUGCCGAAAGCAUGCAACAUAUGCAAAUCCUUUUUCACUUCUGAGAAAACUUUGUUAAACCAUGUCACCAGAGUUCACACAUCAGUAGUCAGCACCAAAGUAUGCAUUAUUACCAAUCCAUCAGCGCUGACCGACGAAAACGUUUCACCUUUCGUCCAUGGCACAGCAGUCCAGUCAGCCAUCAGCAGUCCAUAUGUGGUUGACCAGAUCAGUAAUGGAAAGCUCCGUGUUGGCCAAACCUGUGAAGGGUCACUGUCCACUCUUGAGAAAUCUAGCCUUUCUCCUCUCUCGACCUCCUCGUCCCGCCCAGGCAGACCUCCUGCGUCUGUCAGACUGGGGAAAGACGGUGCCCUAGAUCAGCCAACCGACCAGCCACCAAGCCAUCUCUCCGGGCCUUUAUCUGCCCCUCCCGGUCCCACAGACACUGACACUCCAGCCACUACGAUCUCUGACCCUGCCUCCCCACCAGCGCCCACCAUUCUGGCCAUGUUUGAGAACGACAGCCAAGAUGUGGCUUUGAUGAAACGUAUGAACACAGGCUGGCGCUCCAAGGCCCCAUACCCCUGCAGGCAGUGUGGUGCCAUCUUGCGGCAGCCCUCCUUCAUGAUCAGCCACCGCUACCUCCACAGAGGACACCGCUCACACCAGUGCCAGUGCGGUCGAACUUUUAAGCACCGGCUGCACCUCCUGCGACACUGUGUUCAGCACGCUGAGGCCAUAAGCUACAUCUGCGUCAGCUGUGGGGAGACUUUCAUAGGAGCAAGACUCUUAGCUGAGCACAUGAAGGGCAAAUCACAGAAAAAGUGCCGUCCUUCUGGUCGCACGUGGAGACAGAAAGUGAAGAGAAAGUGCAGAAUGCCGUUUACAUGUGACUGUGGACAACUGUUUUUUAGGCCCUCUGCUUACAUAUGGCAUCAACUUCAAAACUGGACAAAAACUAAACAAUUGAGGAGGCCCCUGAAAUAACAAUAACAAAAAAGCAUCAAGAUGUCUAGUUUUUAGGUACCCUUCCCCAAUUUUGUGCAAACAAAGUGUUAAAUUAAAAGGGAUUUCUCAUACGCCAUCUGAUUGUCGCUACUUUAUUUGUGUGUUGUCAUGUGAUAAAAUCAAAGCAAAAAUCACAUACACAAUCAUUCUUAAUGGCUUUUAAUUAUAAGCAUGUUCUGGAUGGUUGUUAACAUGUUUUCACCAUGUGCAAAUGAUACAUAGUAAACGGUUAGAAUAAAUUCCUUGUAAGUUCUUUUGACAACAUAAUGCAAGUGCAAAUUAACCCACAAGGAACAUGUUUUCAGUAUUUGGAUUAAGUUAAAACACAUCAAAACUCCAGUUUAUCCUCGAGAGAAAGAGUUGGUCCAGUUUUGCAAAUGGUUGUCACAAAGUGCAUUUUUAUCAGUGAGGUUUUUUAUGGGGGUUUCUGAGUCCUCUUGUGUUCUGUUUUUUUUUCACUACCGCCUACACCACUACAAAUGUUAUGCUCCUGCGAGACAUUGGUAUUCAGGUUUAAAAUAGCAUAUAACUUUUGGUUACAUAAUUUUUAUGACUGUAAUAAUAACUGUCCUCAAUAUUGCAUUGUUUAAUUCAUGUCCACUAGAUGGAGCUGUUGGGUUGCUAAAAGAAGAGCUUACAAGAUAUCUUAGGCUCAAGUUCCAUUGUUUUGAGAACAGGUGUAAACUGUUAGAUGCUUUUCCUGCAUCAGAUGGUUACAACCUUAAAUGUCGACAUUAAUCUCUGAGUUUCAGUUGACAUCCGGUGCAAUCCCAAGGACUUACAGUUUGAAAUAAAGGCUAUACUUGAACUGAA